UGUGGCGGAGUUCAGCCAGUGAAACACUUCAUGUGUUAAACUUGUUAAAGGGGAAGUGAUGAAGCUGAAGGCGUCUCGCUGCUGCUCAGACUGAUGUUCAGUCGUCAUCCAGACACGAUGAAGACUCCGUGUGUCUCUCUGCUCCUCGGUGUGUGUGUGCUGCUGCUGUCUGCACCGACUGUUUCUGCAGUGUCUCUGUCUGUUGGUCCAAACCUUCAGCAGGUCUUCAGUGGAUCUUUAGUGGAUCUGAGUUGUGUUGAUGAUGGACAGACAGCUGAUGGAUGGACAGUGAAGAGGACCAGAGGAGGACUCACUGAGGACUGUGGAGCAGCUCCAGCCUUUGGGGGGCUUCUUGGUUCCUACUGUGUUGUGGAUCUUUCUGCUCCCAGUGAAACCUUCUGGUGUGAGGACUCCUCUGGACAGCAGAGUGACAGAGUCUCCUUCAGUGUCCAAUCAGACACUACAGUUAAAGGUGUCAUCCUGGAGAUCCCUGCACUUCCCGUGAGGACAGGAAGUGAUGUCAUUCUGCGCUGCAGACAGAGGAAUGGUGCCACAGUCGCAGCUUAUUUCUUCAUCAAAGGAAGUUCUGUUGGUCAUAAACCAAAGCACAUCAUCACUAACAUCACGCAGGCUGAUGAAGGUCUCUACUGGUGUUCUACUGAUGAGGGUGGAAAGUCUCCUCAGAGCUCUCUGAGGGUCAGAGAUCCUCCCAAAAUCAUCCAUCCUCCUCCUCACUGUCCUCCUCCUCCUCACUGUCCUCCUCCUCCAAGCACCUCCACAAACUUUGCUCCUCCCUUAAAAACUGCUCUUACUUGUCCUGCCUGUACUUCUCCUCCUCCUUCAUCUCUCGUGGUCCCAGUUGUAGCAGGUCUGGCCUCCGUGGUUCUCCUGGUUCUGGUUCUGGGUGGAGUUCUGUUCCUCUGCAGUAAACUAAAAGGAGGUCGGGGAGCAGACCUGUGGAGCUGUGGAGGUGACGGCUGUCUGAGACGGAGCGUCUGCCUCUGCUUUUCAGGCGUGUUUCUGCUGACUGCUGCAGGUGUGUGUGUGCUGCUGCUGUCUGCUCUGACCGUUUCUGCAGGUCCUCCUACUCCAUGUGAGUCUGUGCUCAGACUCAUCUGCCAUCUAGUGGUUCUCUGUCCGUAUUGCAUCUCCACUGGUCUGCUGCUGUACAUCUGCUGCAGCAGCAGGACGCCGAACAAACUGGCCAUCUCCAUGGAGAUGACAAAGCGUGAUGUAGGAGGUCAGGGACUGGCUGAAGAUGGUGAUGAUGUCACUGCUGAUGUCACCACUGAGCAUGCCUUCUGAGCUGCAGACUGUGUGUCAGGGUACCAGCAUCUGCAGUAUUUCUGUAUCUUAGUUCCUCUUUUGCUGUAUUGGAGAAAAGUUCUAGUGUUUACUGUCAGUGUGGAUUAGUUAGGUUUGAGUUUAUCGCUUCAUCCCUGUUUCCUGUGUAAGUCUGUCCUCUGUGCAUGUCUCCUCUGUCUGUAUUGUGCCUCCUGUACAUUCUCUCCAGUCCAUCAUGUGCGUCUCUUCCCGUUGUCUUCCAAGUCCAUCUAGUUCUUCCCUCCAGUCUCCUGUGUCAUGUUGUGUGAAUUAGUGUUUCCUGUUUUACUUUGACAGUGUCACGUCGUGUGUUCAGUGUGUGUAGUUUUGCUUCCUGUGUGUCGUCAGCUCCACUCUCCCUAAUUACCCUUGUGUGCUUAUGUUGUGUCUGUUUUCCUCUGUGUCUCUCACAUCAUGGUAGUUCAUCCCGGUCUCAUGGUCCAGUUUUCCUUGUUUUUUGCUUUAUUUCCCCAGUUUAGUCAGUUUCAGUUUCAGUUUCAGUUUUCAGUUUUCAGUUUUAUUUGUCAUAUGCAAGUUAGCACAGGGUCAACAUCGCAAUGAAAUG